UAUUAUGAAGCCCAGUUCACACCUUCUAGGUAUCCCUGGUGUCUACUACCCAGGUAUGGUUCAUGGAUUUAGGCAUGCUUAUAACUAGCCAAUGGUUUUCAAUUGUCUACUAUAAGUUAGAAUGAAGGCAAAACGUUUGUUAAUUGUCCCCUGUUACUGUAUUGGCACAAACUAUAUAAUUGUUCAUACACUCGUCCCGCAGCCGCUACCCGUACUCUUUAGCGUUACCGCCUAUUGCCCCUUUAUUCCUAUUGGUUGUUCAACAGGAAAUAACCUCCUGAUUGGCUCCAUGCAAUUCGACCUUACCCAUUGCAAAGGAGAUUUGAGCCACAGUCCCCAUUCCUACGGGACCCCCUUUUUUCAUGGUGCUUCGGGCGAUGCUAUAUACAUAGGCACCAGACCCUAUCAAGCCGGUGCCGCCGAGAAUGCGGCAACUCCAACACUGACCGAAGAGCGGAGAUUUUGCUGGAGGGGAGGCGCUCUCUGUGGAAGACAUGCUUACAACAACGGAAGUGGGGCAAACGCUGACGGAAGUAGAUGAACGCAGUUUAUUAUUUUGUGUCAGCUAUUUCCGGUGGAAUACCAAUGCAAAGACAUUCAGUAUUUUCCUCUGACCAGAUGGAUGGUGCGUCACUUUGUGCUGCUGGGAAAGAUACAAUAUUUCUUGCAGAAACAAAUCUUGAAGAAGCAACAAAACACGUUUUUUCUGGGAAUCCAGUUGCUAGUUGGGGUAGCAAGACAAAAAAGCCAUGUAACUGCACUAGAUCUCAGUGCCUAAAAUUAUAUUGUGAUUGCUUUGCAAAUGGAGAUUUGUGCAACAACUGUAAUUGUAGCAAUUGUUACAACAAUGCAGAACACGAGUUGGAACGCUUCAAAGCUGUUAAGGCGUGUCUUUAUCGAAACCCAGAUGCAUUCCAGCCUAAAAUAGAAAAAGGAAAAAUAGGAGAUGUUAAACCUCGACACAAUAAAGGAUGCAACUGCAAGCGUUCUGGCUGUUUUAAGAAUUACUGUGAAUGUUAUGAGGCUAAAAUAGCUUGUUCUUCUGUAUGUAAAUGUGUAGGAUGCAAAAAUGUAAAAAGCCUAGAUUCUGGAAGUAUUAUCCCGACCUGCACUUCCAGGGAAGUGAUAGAAGCUACAUGUGCUUGUCUCCUAGCACAAGCUGAAGAUGCAGAAAAAGAAGGAAGAUCAAAUUCUCUGGCUGAACAAAGCAUAAUAGAAGAAUUUGGCAAAUGCUUAACCCAGAUUGUCCACCCUAAGGUCUAAAGGGACAUUCUUCAAUGUCAACGGCAGUAUUUACAGAUAUAACCGAAUAUGGAUUAUUUAUGGAUUUAUUUAUAUUUCAUGCAGUCUAAAAAACAUGUUGAUGUUGAAAACUCAAA